CCAUGGCAAUUCGUCUAAACAGCAGACGACCGCCAGAUUAGCUCCUGGCGAACGUGACGAACCUUAUCCUCGGAAUACAUGGCUACUAUGCUGUGCAUACCUGAACCCAUGGAGAACCGAACAAGAUUCCACCAAGGUGGAAAGGGUCCGCCAUGGCAAUGGCAUUGCAGCUCGCCAUCCAAUCACUCGCCGCAAGCCUCUCCCGCUCUCCUAACAAACCCGCCACCAAGCCCCCGAGCAAUGGCCACCACCACCCGCAGGAACCAACCGGCAGUAGCAGCUGCAGCGGCAGAAGGAGCCUAGCGGCGGCGGCAGCGGCGACCGGCGCGGCGCUCCUCGCGUCCCAGCUGCUGCCGCCGACGGCGGGCAUCGCAGGCGCGUUCGACCUCGACCUCCGGAUCACCAUCCCGGAGCAGUCGAGCGAGGAGGCCGAGGCCGUGGUGAGGACGCACGCGAGGAACCUGGUGCGCGUCAAGCAGUUCAUUGACGCCAGGUCGUGGCGGGAGCUGCAGACGGCGCUGCGGGCCAGCGCCGCCAACCUCAAGCAGGACCUGUACGCCAUCAUCCAGGCGAGGCCGCCGGGCCAGCGCCCCGAGCUCCGGAGGCUCUACUCCGACCUCUUCAACAACGUCAGCAGACUGGACUAUGCGGCCAGAGACAAGGAUGAGCUCCAGGUGCAGGAAUGCUACGGCAACAUUGUGGCCGCCAUUGACCAGAUUUUUGCCAGAAUCAUGUAGUUUUUGCACUGGCUCGAUCGUCUAGGAUAGAGGGGGAGAUUGGGUAAAACCAGACAUCCGGAUUUACGUUUGCAUACAAGGAGAAGCAAAUUAAUAGUGACCGGCAAAAAGGCUUUUCUUUUGCUAUGUAGCUAAUUCUUAUUAUCUUCUUGUUGUUGCUACAUCUUCUACUAAUAUUUACUCUA